ACAACAAACAAAAAAAUCUGUUCAUCUGAAAACAAAAGGAACUUUUUGUCCUUAUAGGAUUUAAACUGAAAAGAGCCAAUUCUGCUCCAUUUAUCAGCUUUAUAACAGCUCCAGUGAAUAAUAAGUGGAUUAUAAUUCAAAUAAUUGACUGCUUUUUGCAUAUUGUGUUAAGUUCCAUGUCUCAUGUAGGCUGCUACAUGUCUUAGAUUGUGGUCUGAAACAGUGUAGAGUGGGGCUUUAUAUGACCAGGUGGACACAGGCCUUUCUGAAAACCAUCCAGGCAAGUGAAUUUACCUCACACUGGGAGUUCUUGAGACAAGAAACUCAAAAAAAAAAAAAAAAAAAACCUGUCAGUGGUUUUGAAGUAAUUCUAUGGCACAAAGGGGGUAAAUGUGAAGUCAGGCUUUCCUAAAGGACUGUAAUUACAGUGGGUCCCAGACACAGCAGAGCGGCCGCCUACCGCGGAGAAACUUUUUGCUGUAAUUUGAUCAUUUGGCAGCGCUGUUCGUGCAGGCUCUCCUUUAAGCGAUGGGGGUAGCGGGACUUUUCGGAAGAUGAUCAACUUUGUACGUCGUAGCGACUGCCACAUCACUCAGUUUAUGGACAGCAAAAUGCUCACGGUUUUAAUACUUUUAAGCUCACUGGCGACAUGCUGGAGCGUCCCAAGAAGAUGUACUCCGGAAGAAGCAGCAAUAGGAAGAUGCAGAGCACCUGCAGAAGAGAGGCCGCAGUGUAUGGAGAUGGUGCUUGGUUACUGUCAGGAUGUGCCCUACAGCCACACCACAUUCCCCAACAUUGUGGGCCAUCGUUCACGGCAGGAUUUAGAGAUGGGUGCAGAGUACCUGCUCUUGAGCGUGAUCCACGGCCUGCUCAAUGGAGAGUGUUCUCCAGACAUCCGUCUGUUGGGCUGCUCGGUGUUGGCUCCCCGUUGUCAAGACAACAAGCUAAUGAAGCCAUGCCGCAGCUCAUGUGAAAUGGUGAAAAAGAGCUGUAUUCAUGCCUUUGAGGCCAUCCAAAUGGCAUGGCCUUACUUUCUGGACUGCGACCGAUUCUUCGUUGGUGAUGAGGAGGGCUGUUAUGACCCAUUGUCAGAGUUAAGAGAAAAGCAGGAAGUGGCCUUUGCCAACAUGUCUGACGGUGGUAUUUUCACUAUCAUUCAGUUCACUUACCACACCAACUCUCAGAUGUUCAGCAUCCUGAAGAAGACAGCAUCAAAAUGCUCUCAUAUCUCACAAACAUACAGCAUUGGGCGCAGUGUGGAAGGAAAAGACUUGCUGGCUAUUGAAUUCUCCGAUAACCCUGGACAACAUGAACUAUUGGAGCCAGAGAUCAAAUUAAUUGGGAACAUGCAUGGAAACGAGGUUCUCGGCCGGCAGCUGCUGAUUUACCUGGCUCAGUAUCUGUGUUCUGAGUAUCUGCUGGGCAAUGAGCGAAUUCAGACCAUCAUCAACACCACACGCAUCCAUAUCCUACCCUCCAUGAAUCCUGACGGCUAUGAGAUUGCCGCUUCUGAGGUAGCCGAUAGGAACGACCCCGAAAACAUCUACCAGGAAGGUCAUGAGUACAACGGGUGGACCAGCGGUCGGGCCAACGCACAGAAUCUCGAUCUGAACCGCAACUUCCCUGACCUCACCUCCAUCUUCUACAAUCGCCGUCGCUUCAGACAUUUCCGUAGUGACCACAUCCCAAUCCCCGAGUCCUACUGGUUAAAUAAGGUAGUUGCACCAGAAACCUAUGCUGUAAUGAAGUGGAUAAGAUCCCAUCCUUUUGUUAUAUCUGCCAGUCUUCAUGGUGGAGAACUGGUCAUCUCUUACCCUUUUGACCUCUCUAGACACCCCCAAGAAGAAAGGAUGUUCUCACCCACACCAGAUGAACAAAUUUUUAAGCAGUUGGCUAGGACGUAUGCAGAUGCCCAUGCCACUAUGUCCAACAAUGACACAGAGAGAUGUGGAGCCUCAUUUGCCAGUAAAGGAGGGAUAACCAAUGGAGCUCAGUGGUAUAGCUUUGCUGGAGGGAUGUCAGACUUUAACUACCUGCACAGUAACUGUUAUGAGAUCACUGUGGAGCUGGGCUGUGAUAAAUUCCCCUCUGAGGUGGAGCUCUACCCUGAGUGGCUCAGGAAUAAGGAGGCACUGCUCAGCUUUAUGGAGUUUGUCCACCGAGGUAUAAAGGGCAUUGUGAAGGACGAACAUGGAAAUGGUAUAAAAGGAGCCACGAUAACUGUCAGAGGGGUGCGACAUGACAUCACUACAGCUGAGGAUGGUGAUUACUGGAGACUGUUGAAUCCAGGUGUCCACAUUGUGACUGCAGCUGCCUCCGGCUACUCUAAAGUAUUGAAGCGCAUUCAUCUGCCAAGGAACAUACAGGUGGGCCGGGUGGACUUUGUGCUGAAGAAGGUCCCACAAGAACCCUCUCUUGACUACUUUAACAUCCCUGAGCUGGACAACUAUGAGCGUUUUGACCCAUUUAAUCAGUUUGAGCAGUCCAGCCAGAGGGAGCUGGGAGAGAAUGGGGAGGAGAGGACUGAGAAGCCCUGGUGGUGGGCUUAUUUCAGCCAGUUGGGCAUAUCUGCACCUACCUGGCUCCUGCGGAACUACUAGGGACCCUCCGGACACCACUGGAGAGCAACCUGAUGCCUAACUGUUUGCACCCAGGCCUUACUUGAUGAUGGUCAUUGUGAUGAUAACAAUAUCUCCUUAUGACAUGCAAAAUGUGCAGCUAACCACUGGGUAUGGUGAAGGCUUUACUGCCAUUGCAUUUUAUAGACUAUCAUCAAAAGUUUGGAAUAAAUACUUUUUUUUUUUGUUGAAAGAAGUCUCUUAUGUUCACCAAGGCUGCAUUUAUUUGAUCAAAAAUACAGUAAAACAGUACAUUUUUGAAGAUAUAUUACAGUUAAUAUUUUAAAAGUAAUUUAUACCUGUGAUGCAAAGCUAAAUUUUCAGCGUCAUUACUCAGUGUCACGUGAUCCUUCAGAUAUCAUUGCAAUUUGAUCAUUAAUAAUCAUUCUAAUAUUAUUCAUUAUUAUUAAUGUUUUUUAGUAUUAGAAUUGUUGAAAACAUUUUGCUGCUUAAUAUUUUUGUGAGAUCUAUGUUUUUUUUUUUUUUGUUUUUUGAUAGAAAUAGAAUAGACAGAAUAGAAAGUUCGAAAGAACAGCAUGUAUUUGAAAAAUAAAUAUUUUGUAACAUUAUAAAGCAUCCUUGAUGAAUAACUUUUUUAACUUACCCUAAACAUUUGAAAGUUUUUCACACAAAUAUUGUACAGCAAAACCUGUUUUAAAAAUUGAAUAAGAUAUGUUAGUAUUAGAAUGAUUUCUGAAAGAUCAUGUGGCACUGAAGACUGGAGUAAUGAUGCUGGGAUUAAUUACACAUUUUAAAAUAUAUUUCAUUAAAACAGUUAUUUGAAUUGUAAUAUUAUAUAUUCAUAUAUAUUAUAUAAAUGUAUUUGAUAUUAAUUUUACAUAUUAAUAUAAAAGUACAAUUUCACAAUAUUAUUAUUAUUUAUAAAUUGCUUUGGUGAGCAUAAGAGACAUUUAAAAAAAAAAAUAUUCCAAACUUAGUGUGUUUUAGGCUGAUAUAAUAGUAUCAGAAUUCACCUGUACAAGUAAGAGAAAGAUUUAUUGUUUUCUCUAUUCAUUUUAUCCAGCACUAGAUCAAAUCCCCAACUGCAGCUAUAAACAGCUUAUUCUGAUAAAGUUUGGCAGCUAGACAUGGGAUGGAUAGCAUUGCAUAAUAAAUAGUAAAUGAUAGCAUUGCUGUGGUUUUACAGUCUGUUAUCUGUUAUAAGGGCACAUUUGUAUAUGUAUUAAUGUUUUUCUAGCACAUCAGGGAUGUUCAAUGCCUUUAAGGCUGUCAUCAAAUUGGUAAAUGUACUGUUUUAAUUAAGCCAAAAAACAAUUAAGGUGUUUCCCCCCUUUUUGCUGAGAUAUAGUCCUUCAAACAUGGACUGAACAUCAGGUGUGCAAGAUAAAUAAAAGAACAAACUUCUGUGCAAA